AUGCGUCGACGUCGUCUCACCCUAUUUGUCUGCCAAGUGAGUACAUUUCCGCGAAUGCACAAAAUUUCUUCUAAAGUUUAAAAUUCCAGGUCAUUCUACUCUCCGGCUUCUUCAGUUUAUUCUAUUUUGGUAUCAUCAUCAAAACUAAACGCGCCAACGUGCAUUCUCAAACAUUACUAUUCACUUCUUCGUCAAAACCUGAGAAAUCAUUUGAAGAAAGCACCCGCCAAGCCCAUCUUUAUGAUAACUUUUGUCGAUUUGCAUGGACAGAGCCGAUGGACUCUAGCCUUCAGGUAGAAUGAAACUGUGCCCGACAAUAUAUUGAUUCUAGAAACGUCUUAAAUUCCCUAAACAUUCAAGUUGUGAGAUGUACAAUGUCGAUUUGUUCAAAAGGUAUCCGGCAACUGGCGAGUUCUCCCUGAAGACCAAGAACUAUACGGGAAAACUGGAUUGUGUGGCUCAAGUGCUAAAAGGCGGGCUCCGGCCGGAAGCUCAUACCUACCUUCUUGGAAAGUCACAAACUGUAAGGCUUUUGAAUAUUGUAGUGAAAUUGAAUUGAACUUCCAGACUUUUUAG